CGAAAAAAUAGAAAAUCAUUAAAAAUGUAACGAAAUCAAUUGAAACCGUAAAAAAAUUGUUAAAGAACUGAACUUUUAUUUGUUUGUAUUUUUGAUGUUGGAUCUGAACUGUGAUUGCCAAGCAAAACAAAAAAAAAAACCUAUUAAACUUCUAACCGAAAAAAAAUAUUGAAACAAGCUUUGAAAGUUAAAUGUUAGAAGAGUACCGAGUGUGAUAACAAAUAAAUUUUACCUAAAUACAAAAGAAAAAGAUAACGAAAAUUCCUAGUGCAAUUAAAUUGAGUGCAAUUUUUAAAGAAGUGGAAGACGAAAAAGCAGAAGUUUUCAAAACCUACCCCAAAAAACACCCCCGCAAACUCCUAUUUUUGGGCCAGAAAAAUCAAUGUUCAACAUUUAGCCCAUAAAAUACAACAAUAAAACUAAAAUUUUAUAUAACUACAACAAUAACAACAACACAGAGAAGUACAAAAAAAAAAAACGCAAAGGUUCCGGUAAUCAAUGCCAUUGGAGUUUCGAAGAAGCAACAACAACAACACCAAAGCACGCACAAACAAGUUGGCAAGCAGGCAGGCACCUAGAAGCAGCAGGAGCCACACAUAGUCAUGAUACGUGCCACUGCCAGCAGCAGUAGUAGUAGUGGCCUACCAAAAUCAUCCUCAUCCUUGGGCUCUCAGGACGAUUUGGUAGUGGUGGUGGCCCAGCAAGGCCAUGAACAAGCACAGCUGCAGCAACAACAACAACACCAACAUCAAACUAAAACUCAUCAUCACAUUGAAGUUGUUGGCGACAAUGAUACUAGCUUCGAAAUCGAUGAACCCGAAGAUGAAGUGGUUGACCAAGACAUUGAAAGACAGCAGCAGCAGCAGCAGCACAAUGGCCACGAGGCUCCAACAUCAAGUCACAGCAGCGACUCCGAUGAUGAUGACGACGACGAUGUGUCCGACAAUAAAAGCCUAAGUACACCCACAAAUGAGGCCCGCACUCCGAAAUAUAUUUUGGGGCGCAGGAUCUCAGGCAAUGGUGUCAGGAAAAAAGGCCAAUCGGCAGCCACAACAACAGCCUACAUAGAAAAUGAGAAAUUUCCUCAGGCUGUAGUUAUUGCCCUGCCGCAAGGAUCUCAGCACACAAGUAGCACCACAUUCCGGGCCUGUGUCCAUGACAAUGGCCCGGGCCAGGUGGACUAUGAUGAUGAUGCGGCAGAAGACGAAGAGGAGGGUUCCAAUGAAGAUCUUAGCGAUAACUCUUGCGAUGAUUCCUACACAUUUUCUUCCACGCCCACCACAGCUGAUGUGGCCGAUGUUUCAGCAGCGGCGGCUGCAGCUGCCCUGCAGCGCUACAACAGUCAGGGUAGUGGUAGCCGGGGUAGUAAUGCCAGUUCCCACAAAGUCCAGCCCCAGAUACAUUUACCCACAACUCAUCAUCAGCAGCAGCAGCAUCAUCAUCUCCACACAGCUAGCCACAUGGAUGACAAUAUCUCAGGUUCUUUGGCCACUACAACAACAACCACUGAAAUUGAUUUAGACAAUACAACAACAAGAACAACUGCAUCACCUGCCCACACAACAGCCACAACAACAACAACCGCAACAGGAACUUCACAACGUCUGUUAACACAUCGUUCAUCCAUUGCCACCGCCUCGGCUGCCCCACCACCACCGCCGCCCAUUGCUCCCACACAUCGCCGCGUUAAUUCCACAGUCCUCAGUGUGCCCACAAUGCUGUUGACACAUCCCAGUGCCGCCUUACAAGAAAAUAUUACCAUAAAAGGUUCGACAUCAUUGGAUUUGCCCACAAGCCUAAUUGGCGGCAAUGGCAUUGUGGUGGGCAGUGGCAGUCGUCGCCAUCAUCAACGUUCCUUAUCGGCGGCCUCACAUCGUUCGGUAAUCUCACAACAUUCGGUGCAUACGGCGAAUACAACGCUGUCCAUAACGGAGCCGAAAAGUCGUAUUUGGAGUUCGUUAACAUGGAUAUGUUUGCGAUUUCAGAGUUCUGGAAUUGGAGCGCCAAGUGUGCAUCAUGCCAUGGUUGUGAUAUUUUUAGAAUUUUUUGCCUGGGGCCUACUAACAAUGCCAGUUAUAUCGGUGUUAAAUCAAACCUUUCCCGAACACACAUUCCUCAUGAAUGGUCUAGUCAUGGGCAUUAAAGGCAUCCUAUCAUUCCUAAGCGCCCCCCUUAUUGGUGCUCUCUCAGAUAUCUGGGGUCGCAAAUUUUUUCUACUCAUAACAGUAUUCUUCACCUGUGCUCCGAUACCUCUGAUGACAAUAAAUACCUGGUGGUUUUUUGCUAUGAUCUCAAUUAGCGGCAUCUUUGCGGUGACAUUUUCGGUGGUGUUUGCCUAUGUGGCCGAUGUGACGACCGUGGAGGAGCGUUCACGUGCCUAUGGUUUGGUGUCGGCAACAUUUGCUGCCAGUUUGGUUAUAUCUCCCGCUCUUGGUGCUGUACUAAUGGAACGAUAUAGCGAUACAUUAGUGGUGGCCUUGGCCACAGCCAUAGCAGUAUUAGAUGUGUUCUUUAUAUUGGUGGCUGUACCAGAAAGUUUGCCAGACAAAGUGAGGCCUUCGUCAUGGGGUGCUCCCAUCAAUUGGGAACAGGCAGAUCCCUUUGCUGCUCUGCGUAAAGUUGGCACAGAUCACACGGUGCUAAUGCAAUGUGUUACGGUGCUAUUAUCCUACCUGCCCGAAGCUGGCCAAUAUUCUUGUAUAUUUGUCUAUUUGAAAUUGAAAAUGGGUUUCAAUACGAUGGAAGUGGCGAUAUUUAUAGCUGUUGUCGGUAUACUCAGUAUCAGUGUCCAAGUAACGCUGGGCUGUUUUAUGAGAAAAAUCGGAGCGAAACGCACAAUUAUAUUGGGCUUGAUACUGGAAAUGACACAGCUAUUUUGGUAUGGCUUUGGCAGUAAAAAGUGGAUGAUGUGGGCAGCUGGUAUUUUGGCAGCUCUUGGUUCUAUAACAUAUCCGGCUAUAAGUGCUUUUGUGUCAAUACAUUCGACAGCAGAUAGUCAAGGUGCUGUACAGGGCAUGGUAACUGGGAUGCGAGGCCUUUGCAACGGCCUGGGACCGGCCAUGUUUGGUGUUGUUUUCUAUCUAUUCAAUGUCGAUUUGAAUAAUGAACAAUCGGUGGCCAGCAGCAGUGAGGAGAUUACCGAAGACAGUUGGUUUACAUAUCCGGGGCCGCCGUUUAUUUUCGGCGGCCUAAUGGUGAUAUUGGCCAUACUGGUGGCGGUGUUUAUACCCGAGGUGCAUGGUGAGACGACACUGCAUCGGACGCCAAGCGUAAAGAGACGGGCUUCUGUAGAUUUGCAAUAUGAAGUGGAAGGCGGUCACAAACCAACAACUCCUUUAAUGCGUUCCGAUUCGUUGGCGCAACUCUAGUAUUGUUACCUAAAAAUAAGAAAUUAUCAUGUUGAAUUGUAAGCUUAAAAAAAGA